CCGGAAUUGUCACGUGAUACGGGAUUUCCCUUCGAACACGAACGCGAUUGCUUUGAACCAGGAAAUUGGAACGAAAAAUUCUACAAGUAGAUCUUCCAAAUAUGGCUACAGACGAGCUUGCAAAAAAGUUGGAAAGAAGGGUGAACAUAAAUGAAGGGGUUGAAGAAGGAAGUCUGUCGCCUCAAAGUACAGUGUUCAAUCCAUACACAGAGUUUAAAGAGUUUUCACGAAAGCAAAUUCAGGAUUUCCAAAAGACAUUUAAAAAGUAUGACACAUCAGGGGAUAAGUUUAUUGACUUUGAAGAGUUGAAAUACAUGAUGGAACAAUUGAAGGCUCCACAAACUCAUCUCUCACUAAAAGCUAUGAUCAAAGAAGUAGAUGAAGACAAUGAUGGUAAAAUCAGCUUCCGUGAGUUUCUGUUGAUAUUCCGUAAAGCAGCUGCAGGUGAUCUAGAAGAGGACAGUGGGUUGUGUGAGCUAUACAGAAAUGUUACAGAGAUAGAUGUAGAUAAAGAAGGAGUUAAAGGCGCCAAAAAUUUCUUUACUGCAAAGAUAGAAGCGCAGACUCAUGGUAAGAAGUUUGAAGAGGAGAUUAAAGAAGAGCAAGAACAAAGGAAGAAAGAGGCAGAGGAGAAAAAGGUGCGGAAGGCGGAUUUCAAGAACAAAGCUAACUUCUUUGUUGCACAGGCCGAGGCUCAGAAAUCAUGAGUGCCUUUAAUGGAUCUGGACAUUAUUUCAUUUAUAAUUACAUCAACCAUGGAUGUGUUUAACCAAUAAUUCAUUAAUGACACUGCAACCACAAAUAUUUAUUUCUUGCCAUUAGUAAUAAAUGAUUUCUUCAUUGACGAUAAUUUCCUUAAAAAUUUAUCUAUUUCUUUCAAUAAUGAUAAUUUUGAUUAUGAUAAGUUAAUUACUCCUUGUGUAAAAAAAUAAUUUAGAAAUAAGCUAACACGUUUUUUAUUAAUGAUAUUAAAUUAAUUAUUUAUUCACUUCAACCAGAAUAAUUUUUUUUUAAAAAUAUAACUUCAUUUAUAAACAAUAAUAAUUUUCAUCUAUUAUUUUUAUGGUACAUGUAUAAUUUAUAUCAAAAUAGACAAUGCAUGUAGGUUUUUCAGCUGGGUGUUAUAGGAGAACGAGAUAUUUAUUAUGUUUUGAGUGGAAAGGAGUUGUGUAUUUUUUCUGUAAAUUAAUAUGAAGGAACAGGUUAAUAAGAGAUCCAGUACUGGUAUUUGCUGAAUUUUUGACACACAAACAGUACUGAUUAUGUUGAAUCUUUGAUAAAGGACCAGUAUGGUAUUUUUUGUUGACUGUUUGACAGAUGACCAGUACUAGUCCUUUUUGAAAUUUUGAUAGAGACCUAGUACUGGUUGAAUUUUGUAUAGACCAGUACAUGUAAUAUGUUGGAUAGAGAACUAUAACUGGUAUGUAAUGGUAACAUAACUGGUAUAUGAUGUUUACGAGAAAAAAAAAACAAUACUACUAUCUGUAAAAUGUGUUAUAAAAGGUCAGGACAGUUCCUGUCUUAAAACUCAUACAGAAUCAUGAUAGUUUUGUGAAAUUUUCUACAGAGAGGUUUCAUUCAUUCCAACAUAUCUUUAAGAACACCAUUUGUCAUGUAUACAUACUUAUAUCUCAUUAUGUCCAA